AUGAACCUCAGUCUUUUUUCAACCCAACUGAUCACUCUGCUGGGGUCCUUCCUGUGGGCUUCUGAAGUCAUCGCAUUCUGUGGGAACUCCUCCAAGACUUUCAAACCUUUCAAACAUCCAGGCCUUCUUCACACCAGCAAAGACUUUGAGCGCAUCAUAGGCUUCGUCAACGCCCAGAAGGAGCCAUGGACAACCGGUUGGAACAAGCUCAAGAGCCGCGCCAACACAGCCUACGCUCCCGACCCCAAGGAAACCGUAUGCCGUGGUGGCGCAGGCCACGAGUGUAACCCCGAAAACUACGCGUCUCUCUACCGCGAUGCCCACGCCGCCUACACCAACGCCAUCGCUUGGAAGAUCACCGGCAACGAGGCCCACGCUAACGCGUCGGCUCGUAUCCUCGACGCCUGGAGCAAAUCGCUCGUGAAUAUUAACGGCCCUUCAGACAAGUUCCUCGCGUCCGGAAUCUACGGCUUCCAGCUCGCCAACGCAGCUGAGAUUCUGAGGGGAUGGAAGGCUUGGGGCGGCUUGUCGGCGAUGGCCGAGAUGCUGCAGAGGGUCUUCUAUCCCAUGAACCAUAACUUCUUGGUCAACCACAACGGCGCCCCUGUCGACGUGUACUGGGCAAACUGGGACCUGGCCAACAUGUGCACAAUGCAGGCUAUCGGGAUCUUGACGGAUAAUAGAACCAUGUACAAAGAGGCUGUCGACUACUUCAAGAACGGUGCUGGUAAUGGCGCCAUUGAGAUUGCCAUCUGGGAGUUGCUGGAAGAGGAAGUCUUAGGCAAGACCCUCGGCCAGGGCCAGGAGGCCGGGCGCGAUCAAGGACACGCUCUGUUGGACUUUGCUUUAUUGGGAGUCUUUGCGCAGCAGUCUUACAAUCAGGGUGAUGAUUUAUUCUCGUAUCUGGAUAACAGGAUCUUGGCCGGGUCGGAAUACGCCGCAAAGUACAACCUCGGAUUCGACGUUCCCUUUACAACGUUCACCAACAGCAUGGGCACUGCUGUGGACAUCGGUGAAGCCGGCCGCGGCGGGCUUCGGCCUAUCUGGGAGCUGCUCUACAACCACUAUGGUGUAAUCAAAGGGCUUAAUGCUUCUUGGACCGAGCAGAUGCGCGACCACGUGGUUGAAGAAGCUGGGGGUGCCGAGGGAGGUGGUGGAGACUACGGCACAACAAGCGGCGGCUACGAUCAGCUGGGAUUUGGUACCCUUCUUUACAGGUUGGAGUAG